CAUGCGGGCCUCCUUUCUCUCGCGGCUUCCGCCGCAACUGUCCCUACUGCUGCUGCUGUCGUUGAGGCCAGCCUGGACCCAGGAGCACGUAGGAACUGCCCCUUCUAGAUCCCCGGGGGCUCCAGAGUGCCCCGAGGCAUGUUCAUGUUCGCUAGGUGGCAAGGCCAAUUGCUCCGCACUCGAGCUGCCCGCGGUACCAGCCGGCCUGAGCUGGAGAGUAUGUUCGCUACUGCUGGAUCACAAUCGCGUGAGCGCACUGCCUCCAGGGGCCUUCGCUGGGGCAGGCUCGUUGCUAUACCUAGACCUGCGGGAGAACCAGCUCCGGUCGGUGCACGCUCGAGCUUUCUGGGGUCUGGGCGUGUUGCAAUGGCUGGAUCUGAGCGCCAACCAGCUGGAAACUCUGUCUCCUGGCACCUUCGCGCCGCUGCGGGCGCUGCGUUUCCUUUCCCUAGCGGGUAAUCGGUUGACACUCCUGGAGCCUUCGAUCCUGGGCGCGCUCCCCUUACUGCGCGUGCUCAGCCUGCAGGACAAUUCACUGUCGGCGCUCGAGGCGGGUUUGCUGAAUAGCCUGCCCGCGCUCGACGUGUUGCGCUUGCAUGGCAACCCCUGGACGUGCAGUUGCGCGCUGCGCCCGCUUUGCACCUGGCUGCGCAAGCACCCGCGUCCCCCUUCAGAAACUGAGACCCUGCUCUGCGUGUCUCCAAGACGCCAGACGCUCAGCCUACUGACAGCCUUUCCGGAUGCGGCCUUCAGACACUGCGCUCGGCCACUCGCAGCGCGAGACCUGGCGGUAGUAUACGCUCUCGGGCCGGUCUCUUUCCUCGCCAGUCUGGCCAUCUGCCUGGCACUGGGCUCCGUGCUCACUGCCUGUGGUGCACGGCGGCGCCGCCGCCGCAUCACGGUGCGCCCCUUACUAAGGAGACAGCUAGACCCGGAGGGCCCAGCCUCCCAGGAGGGUGCUGGGAGCCCUACAGCUGCAGCAACCCAAGCCUAAGGGGCCGCGGUUGUUUCUAGCUCUCCCGCAGUGCUGCACACUUUGAAAACUCUCCCCAAAUCCCUGGCCUCCCUUCAAACUCCCUGUAGGCGUCAACAAUAGACAAAAAACCGGAAAAUUUUGGACAUUC